GCGAGAGGGGCGGGCCGUGGGCGCCGGGUAACCUUGAACGUCGGGCCGCCGAGACAUGUGUGUUCAGCCGGGCAGGACCGGAUCGGACCGGACCGCGGCCCAGUCGCUCCCUGUGCCGCGCCAGGAGAGUUGUGUGGAGAGUGAUUGCCGACAACGACCGACCAGAGUUGACAUAAGCCCUCGCAAGAAACGAGCAAACGCCUGCAAACACCUUUGUGAGUUGUGUGGCGACUGGUUUGUACGUGACUGCACUGCGCUGUGAGUUCGCACCGCUGCAGCGAUGGCGUCGGGCCGCGGCCGCGUGCUAUCGAUGCUGCAGGCCAUGGAGCGUGUGUCGUGCCGCUGUCCGGCACACGGCUCCGGAGGGGCGGUGCGGCACACGACCGCUACGCCGCCCUCCACCGACUACGCUUUCGAGAUGGCGUGCUCCAACAUCCGCUAUGGACCCGGCGUCACCCAGGAGGUCGGCAUGGACUUCAACAACAUGGGCGCCAAGAAGGUGUGCGUCAUGACCGACUCCAACCUGGUGAAACUCUCGCCUGUGAAGGCGACCCUCGAGUCGCUGCACAAGCACGGGGUUAACUUCGAGCUGUAUGAUGGGGUGCGGGUCGAACCGACCAAUGAGAGUUUCGAGGACGCCAUCCGGUUCGCCCGGAGUCAGCCGUUCGACGCUUUCCUGGCGGUCGGAGGAGGCAGUGUCAUGGACACGGCCAAGGCGGCGAACCUGUACCUCUGUAACCCCGAGGCGGAGUUCCUCGACUACGUGAACCCGCCGAUCGGAAAGGGCAAGCCGAUCCUGGGGAAGGUGAAGCCGCUGAUCGCCGUUCCGACCACGUCCGGAACUGGAUCCGAGACAACAGGAGUGGCCAUCUUCGACUACCUGCCACUGCACGCCAAGACGGGCAUCGCCAACCGCGAGCUGCGCCCCACGCUCGGCCUCGUCGACCCGCUGCACGCGCUGGCCAUGCCCGAACGGGUGGCCUGCUACAGCGGCUUCGACGUGCUCUGCCACGCGCUGGAGUCGUACACGGCCAUCCCGUACAACCAGCGCUCGCCGCGGCCGGACAACCCGAUCCACCGGCCGGCCUACCAGGGCAGUAACCCCAUCUCGGACGUGUGGGCCGAGGCAACGCUGCGCAUCAUGGCCAAGUACUUCCGCCGCUCCGUGUACGACGCCGGCGACGUCGAGGCGCGCAGCCAGAUCCACAUGGCCAGCGCGUUCGCCGGCAUCGGCUUCGGCAACGCGGGCGUGCACCUGUGCCACGGCAUGAGCUACCCGAUCGCGGGCAUGGUGCGGAGCCACCAGCCGGCCGACUACUCGGCGCAGCACGCCAUCAUCCCGCACGGCCUGUCCGUGGUGAUGACGUCUCCCGCCGUGUUCCGGUUCACCGCGCCCCUGUGUCCGGAGCGACACCUGCGCGCCGCCGAGCUGCUCGGAGCCGACGUCACCGGCAAGAGCGCCGCGCAGGCCGGCGAGGUCCUGGCCGAGGUGCUGCUCGACUUCAUGCAGUUCAUGAAGGUGGAGAACGGCCUGUCGGCGCUGGGCUAUAAGUCUGAGGACAUCCCGGCGCUGGUGCGCGGCACCGUGCCGCAGCACAGGGUCACCAAACUGGCGCCCAGGCCCCAGUCCGAGGACGACCUGGCCAAGAUGUUCGAGGAUUCACUCACCGUUUACUGAUGGCCCCCAUGGUGGCAAGUCAGUAGCAUGGCCAGAUAUGUGGUGCAAUAAACGUGGGCGCUGCGUAAUGCGCGGUGCAUUCAUGGUCCAGGGAUCACGUGUUCAUUCCGUGACCUUCUAACAAUAAUAUAGCCCAAAA